GGUUACGAGCAAGACACACAGCGGGUCUGUAAACAGCAAUGAAUAUUUAUUAGCCUCCUGUAAAGCAGGAAGUUGACUUUGCCCACAAAGAUAAAGGUGAAGGAGCGUCAGGUGUGAGUCAGCAGAAAGAUCUGAGAUUUAAAGCUAACAUCAUAAAGACAAAGGAGGUCUGAGGGUUUAUGAGGUCCAAUAGUUGUGUGUUUUUGUUGGGGUUAUUGUCCGAUACGUGGAAAGAUUCACAUCUCAGUCGAGGCUUUAAACAACAGUGUAUCUGCAGUCAACAUCAGUUAUCAGAGAGGUAAACCCACGUCAGAUGCAUCGCGUCUACAAGAGGAGAGGCCGAUCACAAAGACACACAAAGGGUGCAGAGGCCUCGCUGGACCUCCAUGAGUCCAUCUGAGAAUCCAGAGCCAGAGGACGUCACUGAGAUGUUACACAGUCGACAAGGUUUCCCUUGCAAGACAGGCCCAGGCUUCAGAAAUGGGUGGACAACAUGAAGCGGGAGGAGUGGACCCCGAGUCGCCACCAGUGCCUGUGCAGCGAGCACUUCACAGAGGACUGCUUUGAUAUUCGAUGGGGCAUCCGCUACUUGAAAAACACUGCUAUCCCAACCAUUUUUCCCUCCUCUGAAGAUGAUGGUGAGAAAAAAGUGGCCGCCAUUAAAAGGAGCCCCAAGGCCAAACCCAGGACUUUAGACACUGAUAUCGAGCCCACAGGAUUUGACUGUUCUCUCAGUAAGAGGCCACUCAUUCUGAGCAGAACAUGUAAAAAGCUCCAGUCAAGUACAACAAACAGCAUUUCUGCUGAACACACAAAGAUGAUAGUUGGACUGUCUGUGGUGUCAGACUGUGACAUCUCCUGUCAGGCAAACCUGUCAGAGACACAGAAAGCUGCUGGCCAGGUACCAGGUGACAGUGGAAUGCCCACAGCGUCCUGCCUCGCACUGUCCCCGUGCAACGAGCCCCAUUCUGAAGAGCCGGCUGACUCCACCGUGACUGUGCUGUGCUGUGAGACGCUGGGCCGUUUCUCAGAUGGGGAGCCAAGUGUGGAUGCAACUGCUGCCCUCCAGGCAGCACUGGGCCAGGCUUUUAGCUUUGUUCCCGUGGAAGUGGUUAAGGACGACGAACCCACAGGCUGCUCUUUGGAGGAGAGGGGACCCAGCGAAGGAGAGCACAUUUCAAUUUACGAGCACUCGUACUGCAGAGCGGACACGGACACAGAUCAGCUCUGGAGUAAGAUCUUGAGCUUGCACGCGAAGAUCUUGGACCUGGACCGCAGGGAAGAGAGCACUGUGGCUAAAAUCCAUGCUCUUGAGACUGAGAUUGCUCUCCUGAAGAGGGAUGGGGCUGUUUUUAAAGAGAAGCAGAAAGUUUUAGAAGAUUAUAUAUCGUCAAUGUUGCUCUGAUUUUAGGCUCAUGUUGUGGAUGUAUUUUAACUGUUAAAACUGAGGCACUUUGCAGACAUGAUACACACGCUCCUAUAGAUACCAUACAUAAAACACAGAGAUACUAAAUGUGUCUCAUUUUACACAACGUGAUCGGUACUCUGUCUCUGCCCUCCUAUUCCAAAUGUGUAUCUUCUCAUGUCCACACGGUGGCACUGUUGGACCAUUUUUAUUGGCAGUGUUUCAAAUUCUCACUGUCGCACUGAUGCAGUGCAUUACCAAUACACAUCCAAGGUUUCUGUUCUAUGACACGAUCAAUACCAUAUCCUCAAUUAUUUAUGGCUCUUGCUAUUUUUGUCUGUGUUUGACAGUUGACUUUGUUACUUGGUUAACUGUAUAUAAUUUCAAGGUGUCUUACUGGCGUUUCAUUGGUGUCACUAUUCAUAAUUUCAUUCGUAUUUUCUGUCAAGUGACAUUUGAAUAGCAUUUGAAAUGCUUUUCUGAUUCAUAAUGACAGGCGAGUGUACAGAAAAGUGACAGGCCACUGCAACAUGCCAGGUUUUUCUUGGUCACAUGCUGCUUGUUCUUCAAUCUGUGCUUUUACUUUUCAGUUAUAAAACUGACCUUCUUACCACCCUGCUGCUAAAGUGCUGUAUGUUUGCUUAAUCAAGGCUUAAUGGUGACUUUACCAUGGAUCAUGUCUUUGUAAUUACUUGUUGCACAACUGGUAAAAUGAAUUCCUCUCUAA